AUGCCUCUUCCGCGCCCCGCUGUGAUGCUGCAAAUUCCUCAGAUUGUAGCGUCGCACCAAUCCGAGAUUCAUUGUCUGGUUAGCGGCUUGACGCAGGUCCACGAGACGAUCAACACCAGCAUUCCGCAGAAAAGCGGUGGCAGCGGGCCAAUUGCAGAGCGGUGCCUUAUCCUGAGCAUUGUCGAGGGAGUAACCUGGGCAAUAUCGUAUCGAGCAGGGAAAGGAAUUCAGCGUGCAGGUACAAUCGCUCCUGUUGCCUUUGUGGUCUCGGUCCAACUGCCCCUCCGUCGCGCGUGCCCCACCGCGCCCAAACUCUACCCACGAGACGCAUCAUAG